AUGGGAUCGAAAACUCCUUCCACAUCGACUGAUGAAGCGAAUACUACAACUACUGUAGAUGAUAGGUCUAAGAAAGGUAAAGUCCCCAAAAGGAUCAACAAGGCUGUUCGAGAGAGGCUCAAACGCGAGCAUUUGAAUGAGCUCUUCAUUGAAUUAGCCGAUACACUUGAACUGAAUCAGCAGAACAGUGGGAAAGCUUCAAUACUAUGUGAAGCUACUCGGUUCUUGAAAGACGUGUUUGGUCAGAUUGAGUCCCUUAGAAAAGAGCACACUUCUCUCCUCUCUGAAUCCAACUAUGUAACGACAGAGAAGAAUGAGCUAAAGGAAGAAACAUCAGUGCUCGAGACAGAGAUCUCGAAGCUACAAAGCGAGAUAGAAGCGAGAGCGAAUCAGUCUAAGCCCGACUUGAACACAUCCCCUGCACCAGAGUACCAUCAUCUUCACCAUCAUCAUCAACACUAUCAACAACAGCAUCAAGAACUUGCAUCUCAGUUUUCUUCAGGGCUUCCCAUAUUCCAAGCCCCCGGCUUUCAACAGUCUGCUGCUCCUGGUGGUGGUGCCACAGUUGUUGUCCUUCCGAUACAAUCUGAUCUCCAUACACAAGCGCCUUUGAUGUAUAACAGCUCAAAUGUGAGUAAGCCGUGUCCGAGAUAUGCUAGCGCCGGUGACUCGUGGCCUUCUCGGCUACUUGGAGAGCGGCUGAGAGCUACUGAAUGA